GCGGCCCUGCACCACGGCGAAGCUGACGUGGCUCGCAGACUCGCUCUCUACCAUGCUCGUCAUGGGCCUGGGCGACUCGGACGCCUAUCAGCGCGCCCUUGCUCAUGUCAGGGCCAUCGACUUUACGCAGACGGCGGAAGGCGACGACGCGCCCGGCAACAUCAGUGUCUUUGAGCUCACCAUCCGCUACAUCGGCGGCAUGCUGUCUGCCUACCAGAUGAAUGGCGAAAAGGCCGAGGAGAAGUUCCUGGUCGACCAGGUCGUCGUGCUCGCAAAUCGGCUUUCCAAGGCCUGGUACAAGGGCAAUCGCCUGCCCUUCAACCGCUUCAACCUCAACCUUUCCACGCCCGUGGACACGACUGACUCGGUCGGCAUUGCAGAGGCGGGCUCCCUCAUCCUCGAGUGGGGCGAGCUGUCGGCAUACACCGGCAACAACACCUACCUCAACCUGACAGAGGGAGCCAUGGACGCAAUCAUUGCCUCUCCCGUCACCUUCCCCGGCAUCUUCGCGCAGAGCCUCGACGCCUACAACGAGAGCACGUCCGGCGCUCCGUACUACACGUGGGGCGGCGGCUCGGACUCGUUCUGGGAGUAUCUGAUCAAGUGGGGGCAGCUGCGAGGCCUGGACCGCUCCAGCUCCUUUGUCGCCACUUGGGAUGCCGCGAUCAACUCGUCGAUCGCACACCUGGUGCAGAAGACUGGCGUAGCAAACCUCACCCUUCUGUCGGACUACGAGCCCGUCAACGGCUCCGUGUACGUCUCGUCUCAUCUGGCCUCCUUUGCCGGCGGCAAUUGGGCGCUGGGCGGCGCGCUGCUCAACAAGCCAGAGUACAUCCAGGUCGGCCUCGAGAUGGCCGAGAGCUACUGGCGCACGUACAACGGCACGGCCACCGGCAUCGGACCCGAGAGCUUCGGCUACUUCGACGCCGCGGGCAAUGCCAAGGGCUGGACGUACGUGUCGCCCGGCAGACGCGAGUUCUACAAUGAGCAUGGCUACUUCUUGGGCUCGCCAGGCUACAUUCAGCGUCCCGAGACUGUCGAAAGCCUGUUCUACGGCUGGCGCCUCACAGGUCAGCAGCUCUUCCGCGACAUGGCGUGGGACGCCUUCCUGCACAUGAAGGAGUACCUUGACUCCGGCACUGGCUGGGUCGGGCUCGUCAACGUCAACGACGUCAGCUCACAGUCGUACGACGAGGCUCAGACCUUCAUGUUCGCCGAGCUGUUCAAGUACCUCUACCUCAUCUUCGACGACCCCGGGCACAUCUCGCUCGACGACUACGUCUUCACGACGGAGGCCCACCCGUUCAAGAUCGCUGCGCCCAACGCAGACUUCGGCAAGGUGCAGAACUUCUGGCCGUACGAGCCGCUGUCGGGCCAGGCGAGCAACCUGGGCAACACUGUGGAGCCCGACGCGGGCGUGCCGUCGCUCGACAGCCUCGGCAGCCUGGUGACUUUGACCCAGGGCCUCCAGGUGGCGGCUUCGGCCUUCGCGCAGCAGGUGCAGAUGCCCGUCAGCGUCGCGCGCAACAUGUUCAGCGGCCUUUCGCGCGCGCCCGCCGUCAAGUGAGCGACGCGUGCCUCGCUGCCGUCGUGUCGCCCGUUCCCUCAUCC